AAAGUCGAAACACAACUCACUUUUCUGCGCGGACUAUACAACCUAUACACACAACUCUCGUACUUUCCAAGUCUAGUAGUAGCCCUUUGAUUUCUGCUUCAAAUACCUCCUCUCUCUCUCUCGUCUCUCUAUAUACACACAUAUCGCGCUUACUUAAAUAUACCCAGAUAUCAAAGAUCGUUUCUUUCCAAGUUUUUCAAGCAGAUUCUAUUUUGAUUCCAGAUUCUGUACACCUACAUGACCUUGACGAUGCCAUCCGUUAGUCCUGACUCAUCUGAUCAGGAUAGAGAACCAUUUGUUGAGGUUGAUCCAUCUGGACGUUUUGGUCGAUACAGUGAUCUACUAGGUGCUGGUGCUGUUAAAAAGGUAUAUAGGGGGUUUGAUCAAGAGGAAGGUCGAGAUGUUGCAUGGAAUCAGGUACGUCUGAGGAAGUUUUGCGACGAUCCGUCCAUCAUCAGUAGGCUUUUCUCGGAAAUUGAGUUGCUGCAAACACUGAAGAACGAGAACAUCAUUGUUCUAUACAGUUUCUGGAAAGACGUUGAACAUAAUACUUUGAACUUCAUUACUGAGGCAUGUGCAUCCGGAAAUCUUAGGGAUUACAGGAAGAAGCAUCGCCAUGUGUCAGUGAAGGCUUUAAAGAAGUGGUCGAGACAGAUACUGGCUGGUUUGGACUAUUUGCAUAACCAUGACCCAUGUAUAAUUCAUAGGGACCUGAAUUGCAGCAACAUAUUCAUUAAUGGAAAUAUUGGAAAGGUCAAGAUUGGUGAUCUUGGAUUAGCUACAGUGGUAGGGAGGAGCCAUGUUGCUCAUUCACUGCUAGGGACACCCGAGUAUAUGGCGCCAGAGCUGUAUGAAGAGGACUACACGGAGUUGGUAGACAUAUAUUCAUUUGGUAUGUGCUUGCUUGAAAUGGCUACGAUGGAAAUACCAUACAGUGAGUGUGAUAGCAUCGCCAAAAUAUACAAGAAGGUUACAAGUGGAGUGAAACCUAAGGCCAUUGACAAAGUAAGUGAUCCAGACUUGAAGGCAUUUAUUGAAAGAUGCAUUGGUCAGCCCCGAGCAAGACCGUCUGCCUCCGAACUUCUGAAGGAUCCUUUCCUCGCAGAAACAGAGAAUACUGAAACCGACAGUACUAUUAUUUGAUAGUGUUCACCUGGAAAUGAAUUGUAGAUGAAAGCCCGACUCUAAUCUCUCUGAUGUACACAUGUUUCAAGAUUUUUCCGCAAGGUUAAUGUCUCUAUUUAUAUGUAUAUAAAUUCCUGA